AUGGACCGCCGAGAAGUCCUCUCGAAAGGCUCUGCCUUACAAAAGGCCAUUGCUGCAAAGGAGCCAUCAGAAAACAUCAUGACCAUUCUACGAGAUCUCAAAGCAAACGUCCGUCCAAGCGAAGAACUGCUAAGAGCUACUGGGAUUGGCAAGAUCGUAAACAAGGUCAAGGGUGUUCCCAACCUUGAUCCACAAGUAGGGCAAUUGGCUUCUGAAAUAAUCAGCAGAUGGAGGCAUGUGGUCAAUGAGCAGAAAUUAGCGAGUGGCACAUCUACCCCAGUUGGUGCGCGAACAAAUGGCACAAGCUCUCCGGCACCAAAGCCCGGUACGCCAACACCGAAAGCUGCCAGCCCAGGCGUCGCUCCAGACAAGCGGAAUUGGAAAGCCGACAAAGUCCGCCGAGAUGAGAUUACAAAUGAUUCGGCACGGAACAAUUGUAUUGGUCUGAUCUAUGAUGGACUGUGUCUCGGUUCGGAGCUUCCAACGAAGCACAUCCUUGAGCUUGCACAACAAGUCGAAUCCGCCGCCUUGAACCUUCCCGAAGCCAAAGGCUCUUCCGCAUCAGCCGCGUACAAGGAGAAGAUGCGUUCGCUAUACCAGAACCUUAAGAACAAGUCAAAUCCGGGUCUGCGUAAAAGAAUUCUUAGCGGGGAGAUUUCGGCCGCAAGGUUUGUUACGAUGAGCCAUGAGGAAAUGAAAUCCCAGCAGCAGCGGGAGGAAGACCGUAAGAUCGCAAAGGAAAACAUGGACAAGGCGAUGGUUGCACAGGAAGAAAAGAGCGUUAGCACGAGCCUCGAAUGUGGUAAAUGUCACCAGAAAAAGGUCAGCUAUUCGCAAGCUCAGACGAGGAGUGCUGAUGAACCGAUGACGACGUUCUGCGAAUGUCUGAACUGUGGCAAUAGGUGGAAGUUCUCUUGA